AUUGGGAGUCCUUUAAUGGCAAAGUGUUUUGGGUAUGUUACUCGCGCUCUAGUUUAUCUAGGCGUGCACGCGGUGCAGGAAAACAAAACGGUCCCCGAUAAUGGGUACCCGGGGCCGGUGGAGUGGCGGAGCGACAUCGGCGACAGACGCAGUCGGAUCGUUCGCUGGACAACGUCGUCAGCGUCAGAGCCGGAGUCCGUCGCAUACGCACGCCACACACCGCACCGUCACCCGACCAUCGAGCACGCCGAGCUGGUGUUCCGCGACGCCGAGUUCCGAGACCGAGUUCUCGUUGUUGCAGUGUAUACGCCGCAUUCCUUUCUCCGGGCCCCCAUUGGUUCGAUCCGGUGACGUCACGAUCACGGCCUCUCAUGAUAGUGUGGUAUCCAACAUGGCCGAGUAGUUGAAGUGUGCUGUGAGUGGUGUGUUAGUUUGAAUGGAUUUAAUGGUGAAUAAUGCCCCGAAAAAGGAUCGGCGAACUGCCCCUGCCCGAGGGCUGGGACUACGGACGCGACUACGAUGGCAAGAUCUAUUUCAUCGAUCACAAUUCGAAAAAAACUACUUGGAUUGAUCCCAGAGACAGAUUCACAAAACCACAAACUUUCGCAGACUGUGUGGGAAAUGAACUGCCUCUGGGAUGGGAAGAAGCCUACGAUGUACAAAUCGGUCCAUACUACAUCAACCACGUCAAUCAAUCUACUCAGUUGGAGGAUCCACGCCAAGAAUGGAGACAGAUCCAGGAAGACAUGCUCAGAGACUAUUUACAAAAAGCCCAGGACGCCCUAGACGCGAAAAAGGACAUCUUCCAAGUGAAAUCUCAACGCCUGAUCUUGGCCCAAGACGAAUACAAUCAUCUGAACAACGCUUUAACAACGUUAACAACCUCCAGAACCAGUCUGUGUUCAUCGUCAAGUAGUGUUAGUACAAAAUACGAUCCAGAUCUCUUAAAAUCAGACGUGGCCAUGGCGAAAAACCGCGUGUCUAGACUAAAAUCAGAACUAGAACAGAUCAGAAACGAAAUGACAUACACCCAAAGGGGCGUUGAGACGCUCACGAAUGUCGAACAAAAAUUGAAAAUGAACGAGGGCGCCUACUACAACAUAACGGAGGCGCAGGCCAUAAUGGCCGAACUGAGAAACAUUCAAAAAUCCCUGUCGUCCGGAGAGAAGGAAAAGGCUGAACUGAUGCAGUCGCUGGCGAAGCUGAAAGACGAUCUAACGCGGUUGCAACUUUCGGAAAGCUCCCCCGACGUGUCGACGCUGAGUCUGCCGCAGGAGAAACUGAGCACGGCCUCGCAGACCGACCUGAGCUGCGAUCUGGUGCCGAUCGGUACCAGAUUGGCGGAGAUGGCCAAAAUGCGGUUGGAGUACGAUGAGGCACGGAAAAAAGUACAAAGUAUUCAACAGAAGCUGGCUGAUUUGGAGGAGAAGGUUCAGCCGGGACAGGUUGAAAGCGACAAGGACAGACUGUUGUUGUUCCAAGAGAAAGAACAACUGUUGAGGGAGCUGAGGAGUAUUACACCUAUGAUGAGGAGUAAAGAGGAAAUGUCCGACAUUCAGAACGAGUGCAAGAGGUUAGAACAAGACUUAAACAAGGCCCUGGAGAUGUCCAACAGGGCAAUAGCCGAUAGACUGAGGUUACACGAGGAGAAGAACCUGCUGCUGCAACAGCUUAAGGACGGCUUGAAGCAGAUGACACAGCUGGAGUCGCAGCUUAAAACAUUGUCGGCGAGCACGUUGUCGGUCAGCAGCAGUUCUAGUCUGGGGUCUUUGUCGACGACGAGCAGCAAAGGGUCCUUGAGUUCCGGAUUAAGUUUCACCGAUAUUUAUGGAGGACCUCAGUGUGCCGGCCCCAUAAAUUAUCAGAAGCCAAUAGAUAUGGCCGACUUGCAUAGGAGGGUUGAAAGACUGUUGAAGAGCAGUGACAAUGGCACACCUUCACCAGUCAGGUCACAACCUUCAUUAUCGCCAAGAAGUUCACUCAGUAGUGUAUCACCUCCAGUUUCUCCAAUGUACGAGAACCUGCCAUGUGUAGUACCACCCCCCACAUACGAACAAGUUGAAAGAGACAGAAGACUCCAAUCAGAACAAAAACAAAUUGACGACCGACUGGUGGAACUACGAUUGUCCAACCCCGCAAUCAACGACUACUACACCACCCCCAAGGUGGCCAUCCCCAACCUGUCACCGUUUACUGACCUCCUGGAGGCCCACAGCAACAUGUCCCAAGGUUCCGGUUUGGGUAGGCCCAGUCGAUAUUCGUACGAGAGCACCGGAGACCCACCACUUUCACCCAUAUCCGAAACCCCACCUCCGAUACUCGAUCACGAUGAGAUCCUCCAAGGAGCCGCCCUGUCGAGGACGUCCUCCUCGGGCACCAACACCAGAUCUGUUUCGGCCGCGGUCAGUGACGAGUCAGUGGCCGGAGAUUCCGGUGUUUUCGAAGCCUCCAACAGGAAGAGGGCUUCCGGUGUUUUCGGCAGCGAUUUCGACGGUGACACGGCCCAAGUACAGAUCAAACUCAAAUACAUUUUAAGUGAGAACAUGCUGAACGUUUGCAUUGAACGGGCGAGGAAUUUGAAUGCACUGCUAAUUCCUGACAACUCACAAGUGUAUAUAAAAGCAGCAUUACUUCCCGUCCAACAACCGCAACAACCAGCGUGUUGCACAAAAACUGUUCGAGACCUGAAAAAAGCGACCUUUGGAGACAUGUUCAACAUUUCAGUACCUGCCAAUAAAAUUUACACAAAGACUUUACAAGUGAACGUUUGGAACAAGAUCGAACAACAGAACGACCUGUGUGUGGGUUGUGUGCAAGUGAGUCUGGCCGACUUCAACGUACAGACAGCCACCCAAAAGUGGUACAACAUCCUGUGCACCCACGAGGAACCGGUGGUACCACCUUCGAGCCAUUCGAAACAAGAGUCCGACAUUUCGGUGUCACGCGAGAAACACGACGGCGAGCUCUCGUGCAAACUAAAGGAAGAAAGCUCCGACGACAGCACGAUAAUCUCCUCGCAAACGUCCACCUUAACACGCAACCAGGAGUCGGUGAUCCAAUCCGCCAUCGAAAUCUUUGACGAACUGGCCAACUGUUUGAGGCACACGGACGAUUUCAGCGAAGACUCGGACGAAGACGACAACAUCGAGGACAGCGACUGCGAGGAAGGCGACGACUAUCCGGGCAACGACCGAUUGGAAGUGGUGUUGGAGCACUGCAGCGAAAUGGAGCUGGAGGAGAAGUAUUCCGACAAGCAGACGAACACGGAAUGCGCCUUUUAUCCCGAACACGCGAAGCACAUGAAGAUGGCGGCCGCGGGCGUGGGUGCGGUGGACGACAAGGGCGUAAUCAAGCGAUCUCAGACCUUCUCGCCGAGCGCGCACGUGCCCAAACACCAGUACAUUUGUAAGCUGAACAGGAGCGACAGCGACAGCGCCAUGCCGUUGUACAGACGGGCGAGCAAGCCGUUCCAGCGUUACGCGAUCGAGAGGCGAUCGUUGAGGUUCAGACGACAGUCCGGUUCGUUGGCGCAUUUGUCCACCAGCAAGUCGCAGCAACAUCUGCCCACCACGGCCAGGACGUCGUUGGACUUGGAAUUGGAUCUCCAGGCGCAACACACCCGAUUGGAUAUGCUCAAUUCCGAGCUGUCCAGGCUUAGGGAGCUGAAGGACAGGCUGGAGCAAGCUAAGGAUCAAGGUGACAGCGAGUUUGCGUCUUGCCUGUUGGAGAACCAGCAGUUCCAAAACCUGAUUGCCCAGGCUGAGAGCUGCAAGUCCUCCAAAACUGUGGAAGAGAAGAAGAUGGAGAAGAUGUUGAGGAAGGUCUCCAAGGAGAUUUACAAGCUGCGAAAGACCAAGGCCGGCAACGGCAAACCUGACAUCAUAUCAUUCAAGGAGAAAAUGGCGUUUUUCACGCAACUAAACUCGAUCGUGCCGUUCUUGCCGACCGACCAGUGCCAUCAACAGGAGGCCGCAUCUCGCAGACAGUCGACUGAAGAUGAUCAGAACGGCCAGAAGACGAACAAUCCGUGUGCAAAUUGUGAUAGUAGUAAGGAUGAAGUUAGGGGCAGUGGCGACGGCGAACAAGAAGCAGAUACUCGAGACGUCGCCCAAAACGGCCGCUACGACUACGUUGUGGAUAGGGUACUCGGUGUGGAAGUGUAAUAACGGGCUCUCGCAGAACUUAAUUUCUUUCUAUUCACAUUUAUUAUUUUUUUUUGGAAAAGUUUCUCGUUCAAUAUCGUUCAAUGAUUGGAAGUAGGGAAAAUGGGAUCAAUUAAAGAGGGACGCCGUCGUUUUGUCUGUUAACCGAAUUAGCGGGUUCAAGCGACCGCGUUUUUUGAAUGUUUGGAUGGCUGGUUAUUCUAAUUAUUUUUUUAAUGCAUUUAUUUGUAUAUCUAGUCAUUACAAAAUAGUUUUUUUAUAUGUUUAAACUUUAGUGUUUCUAUAGAGGAGAACUUUGACAUUAUUAUUUAUUUUGUAAGUUCUGUAAGAGUCAUGUUAGAUAUUUAUUUGCGCAGAAAAUACUCUUGUACAAUAAUUCUGUACAUUCAUGUACAUUGUUUCAAUUUUAUAUGUAAGCUUUUUUAUUCUUUUUAUUUACUCUGAUAACGAUUUAUCAAACUUUGACUGUGACUAUAGUUUACUUUCACGUACCAACGUAGAUCAAUUCGUACAUAAAAAUCGCCCGUCUGUGUUGGUACCCUAAUUUUCUUUAAGGUGUAUGAAUUAUCUAACAUUUUAAUUAUUUUUUUACGAAACGAAAGUGCUAUAAAAAAUGUGAUUAUGUGCCUUUACAGAUCUGAUAUUUUCGUGACAAACAUAAAUACUCAUUAAAACAAAACAAUAUAUCUGUAUGUGAAACAGUAUUGCACAUUUUGGAACAAUUAGGAUCUGAUAAUGUUCAUGAGCUACGCUUAUCGACAUCAACGUGUAUAACUCGGGAGCUUAUGUAAGCAAUCUCAACUGAUCAGCUGAAAUCGUUACGCUGUACACGUUGGUGUUCUUAAGAAGCAUAGUAAAAAAAUAUUUGCAGGUAUCAAAGCAGAUUUUUACAUCGAAGCUAAUCACCGAAAGUUGCCUUAGAUUUCGCCCAUGCUUUGGCCUUUGUCGGCGUUUUUUAUGUCUUGUUUAGUACAAUCUAUUUUUAAAUUUUGUUACCAUACCCCUGUUUUUUAAUUAGUUAUUAAUUAUUUAUAUUAACAUUUCUUGUUUGUAAAAAGUUUCGACAAUUUUUAUAAGCCCUUAUACAUAUUAUAUAAUUUAUAUAAAUCUGCAAUAACGUCUCAACUAUAUUAGUUGGGGGAUAUUCGUUGUUAUAUAUACAAUGUGUCUAAAAUAAAAGUGAUUUUUUUACUGUAUAUUAUGUAAAUAGUAGAUUUCUAUAUAUAUAUAUAUAGUAUUAGAUAUAUAUUGUAAUAUACAAAAUGGUAUGUUUUAAAAAAACAUAAGUACAUUCUAAACUCAAAUAUAUUAUAUACGGUUCUAAUAAAAUAUUUAAUAAAAUAUUGUUAUUAACUAAGUAGUUUUCUUUUGUUAACCAUAAAAAAGGAUUUGGGAUUGGGUUGUUAAUGAAAGAAAUGAUGAAGAUGAAUAAUUUAAUUGAAUUGUAACAAAUAUUGGUGUAAUAUUAAAAUUUAUUAAAAAUAUUGAGAUUCAUUGUAAUUACAUGUAUUAAACAAAAGAGGUAAAAAGAAGAAAGUGUAGUUACAACAUUACCAUAUUAAUAACAAUAAUAUAGCACAGAAACGCGUUCAAAACUAUGAACUACAAGUUCGUAAAAUAAAUAAGCACAAAAUUAUACUUACAAAAUACAGAUAUUAAAAAAAACCACAUUCCUAUUUGAGCUAGUUACAUAACGUGUAGUUCAAAUAGAAACAAACAGUUAAUGUACAAAAAAUAGAUCAUACAAUAACUGACCCCGAACAUUAAUAUUUACAAGAAAAAAAUACAGUGUAAAACAUAUAUUUGAGCAUUAUUUUACAAAAGAAAAAUUAUACAUAACUGCAACGCCGAAGAUCACGUACAGACAAUGUGACGAAAUUGGUUAAAAUGAGUGUAUUCACAUUUACCGUCCUGUUCGCCUCCUUCAGCGUUGCGCACACACAAAAAAAAUACCAGGAUUUGCGAAUGUGAAGUAAACAUUUAGUAAAUUGCUUGCAAAAAUGAGUUUACUGCAUUUAUUCCACAUUUUCGUGAGUACAAAUAGGUAGAUAUCAUUAACUUCCUAAGUGUAUAAUGUGUAUUUAGGCCUUUUCUUUCUAAAGUUUCGUCAACGGUAUUGCUAUAUCUUGCUAGCUAUAAAAUCGUGAAGUACAAACAAUGGAAAAAUGAGUUCGUUCAGACUUUAAGAAGCUGUAUAUACUUGAAUGUUGUUGUAAUAUAUUGAUAUUAUAUAAUUUCCUAUAAUCUACUUGUAAAUAGUUCACUUAUGUCAUUCACAUUUAUCAUUUAAAAUUGAGUUAAAUUAUAACAAAGUGACAUUUGUACAAAGUAUUAGAUUAUUGCACAUUUUUCUAGUAUCGACUGGUAUAAAAUCACUUAUUAUUGUAAAUGUAGCCUAUUUCAAAGCUCUAACUUUGUUUCCAAUGCGAUUAUCGGCUCUAAAUUGUAAAAUCACGCGGAGAUUCUAAAUGUAGGGUACAAAAACAUGUUUUAUAUGAUUUUUUAAAACAUGUUGACAGUUUGUUGUUGAGCGAUUGAAUGAUUUUAUACACAACCGAAUUUGAAACAACAGAUAAUAAAUGUUUAUUUAUAUAGUCACACAAAUACAACAUUUAAUUUAAUUCAAAAAUAUAAAUUUUUGGCAGGA